AUGUCUGGUAAAUUGGUUCCCAAACUUCGGAUAGUUAAAUGUCCGAAAUGCCGGCAACUUCUUCAAGAGCCUCAAGGAUAUGAUGUAUACAAAUGUGGUGGAUGUGGGACUGAACUUCAAGCUAAGAAACAAAGUACGGCUGUGAAGUCAGAUUCUAGUAUACAAGAAAUCGAGGCAGCUCCUGGAAACACACCAAAUCAUGUUUCUGACGGUAAACAGCGUGGCGAUAAAAAGCGCCGGUUUCCUCUCCGAAAAGAUAGCUUGAAGGCUAAGGAAACUGCUUCUUCGAGAGAAUGUCAUUUGGAUGGGAACAGUGAGUACAAUGGCGGUCAGCUAGUACCAUUCAAGUUCACAGAUGAAGAAGAACUGGAAGAUGAGUUGGAUAUCCCAAAACUGUCACUUAGAAGGCUUAGAGUGUCCAAAAAAGUGGGUUCUGUUAAAACCACUCAUUGUGAGAUUGAGGAGAUAAGUAAUGGGGAUUUUUCAUUAGAAAGACCAAAAGAGGAGUCUAUUCCUUCAUCUGAUGAAGAUGAAAAUAAUGACAAAUCAGCUCUGGAAGGGGACAUACCUAAAAUGGAAAUUGCUGAAAUUAAUUUAGGAAAGUUGUCACUAGAGGAAGCAGGUGCAGAGUUGAUUUCAAGAUCAGAUGAAGCAAAUGUCAAUAUAGAAAAGCCAGUUACAGAAGAUGCAAACGCUGAAGUGGAAAUUAUUGCAAGUGAAUUAGAAGGAGUGGUAGACUUGAAUAAUCGAAACUUGCCACCAGAGGAGCUAAACUUUCGAAUUGAUGGAGAAGAUGCUAAAAAUGAUAAAUCAGCUAUAGUUGGUGAAAAGCUUGAGGAGGAGAUUACUGGAAACAAUAUAGCAGAAGAAAAAUUAAACAAUGGAAUAUGGACACAAGAAGGAGCAGAAGGGGAUUUGAAUGUAAGUGCUUUGGAUAAAGAAGAACCUGACGAUGAAAAAUCAGCUAAAGAGGGUGCAAAAUCAGAAGUGGACACUGCAGAAGGCACUACAACAAAAAUGCCAAGCACUGAGAAUGUGGAUACCUUCAAUACCACGGAACUAAGAGGUCAUAGUUCAGAAGUUAGUAAUGUUCAUGGAAAAGAAAAACUUUCUGAAUCCCCAACCACCAGAAGCUCUAAUGCUUAUGACGGAAUCAAUGAGCAGUUCCCUAUCCAACAUCUAGAUUCUUUGAGGAACACUUACGCUGAGGCUGAAGGAAGGAUCAGAAAGGGUAAAGGUCCUGCUAAUGGUGAUUUUGGAACACAACAUCAAUCAAAUGUGCCAGAGGAAAAGAAUCAUAUGGUGAAAGACAGCAGAAGGAAUAAAAACAAAGUAUUGGACAAUACAAGUCAAGGUGAUUCCCGUUUCAUGAAAACAAAGAGAGAUCACGAGUUUCCAUCAAGAGUACCUUUUCAUCGAAAUGGUUACCAAUCACACAAUGAAAGUGGCAGGCCGUCAAAUGGAAUGCAUGAUGAGAGUUCAAGCUUUCUUUCGCGUGACCCCCGUGAGGAAACUGACCAGGAGAAGGCGAAAUUGUUGGGAAUGAUUUAUAAGUUGCAGGAUGAACUCAACAAGACACGCUAUGUGAGUGAGAAAUCAAAUGUAAGAGUGGCCACUGGUGUAUCUUACAAGGAAAAUCAUAAUUCUGUAUACAAAUACCAUAGCCAUGACCUUCGUGAAGGAAGGUUUUCUCAUGCUCUUGAUCACUUUAGGUGUAAUGGAAGAUGUCAUUGUGAAAUCAUGUCGGGUCAAAGGCAUAAAUACUCACGGAUACCUUACUCAGCUGAAGCAACAAGUUGGGCAUACCGUGUUGACCAUCCUUGUCACCAUUGUUGUUCCCAUGUCUCAGCAGAUUUGUCUCCACGUGUUCAUUUCCAACAUGAAGAUUUACACAAGUGCUGUCGAGCACACGAUUGUAGCUCUUCAGGUCCACAAUACUUCACAGCCUCUAAACUCCCAUUAUAUAGCAGUGACACAAAUUCUGAUGAUCAGAGGUAUAGGGCAACUAUGGCGAGGAAAUAUUUAAGGGAGAAACAGAACUUGGCUAAGCGACAUCGCAGGCCAGUAGCAGGUGGAGCUCCUUUUGUCACAUGUCCUAAAUGUUUUAAACUGCUUCAGCUACCUGCAGAUUUUCUUCUUUAUAAAAGGACCUGUCAUCAGCUGAAAUGUGGUGGAUGUUCAGAGGUACUCAAGUUUUCACUCAAAGACGGAACUCAUGUAGUACCUUUUUCAUCGAUUCCUAUAGAUCUUCCGUCUCGUGAGCUUCACCACGGAAGCGAGGUGAUUAAUGGCGGCAAGCUACCAUCAAAAACUCAUGUCAACCAUUACCAUCAUUCACCUGCAAAACCCAUUUCAUAUUAUGAUGAUUAUGGACUUUCUGUCUCUCAAAGCUUCUCCUCAGAAGUAGAUCCUGCUUUUCUAACCCAACAAUUUGAUACCUUGCAUAGCAGUGAAUAUGUUAACCCGGGUGUCUCUCCUAGCUCAACAUUUAAGGCAAAGAUUAUUGGUUCAAGAUAUUUUAGUACAAUCGCAGCUACAACGGAGACAGAUCAAUCAACAGAACUUUCCUCCAACAUGUCUGAACCUAGGAAAUUGUCACCAGAAAAGGAGGCAAGGCAGCCACGGAAAAGUACUCUGCAUAAACUGAUGGGUUAUUCUACACCAAGUAGAGUGAUAAAAGGGACACCAUGA